GCUGCCGGCCGCUGCGCCUCGCCAUGGAGCCGGGGAGCGGCCCCCGCCGCGGGGCUGCCCUUGCAGAACUCAAAGGCGGAAGAGAAAAUCAGGUUUGGUAUUUGAAAAUAUCAAAACUAGCAUUGGCUUUUGCAAUUAUCCACUCAAAACCACCAGGGAAGAGUUGCAAAGAAUACACUGAGCACCUUGCCAAAACUGUAUCCGAACAAGAUUUUGGAUGGAAAUCAAAAGUUGAAGUGCUGGAAGCUGAAGUUCUUCGAUUACGUCAGGAACUUCUUUUGAACAAGAUCUGUCCAAGAUUCUGCUUGGAAAAUGGAAAACCAGAUGCCUCUGCUGAAGUUCUUCUGGAUCAGGAAUGUAUAAACCCUAUGAGUUACUCAAGCCAGCUAGAAGACUCUGGAUGUGAUGUCUCUAAUGACUAUGCAUUCGAUUCUUUAGGCAUAGCUUCCGAUUUUCACCAAUCUGAGCAUAAUGUCAACACUUCUAAACGUUGGUUGGAAAGAGUUCCCCCAUUGAAUCUUUGCUGUACUGGCAAGGAGGAAUCUCUGACUGCUCCAGUGCAGUUUUUGCAACAUCUGCUUGAAAUAAGAAAACUGUCAGAAGGAGGAAUUCUUCAAGCAGACUUCACACAGCUUGAGAAUGAUUCUUUCACCAUAUGCAAUUCAGUGUCUCAGUUGCUUGAUGGACUGACUGUUUUUUACAACAGUCCUAAAUUUCCAGUUUCAAAUGUUCUUACUGAAGCGGUUUGUGUUUUGAUCAGUUUAAUAACUGAUACUAAAUUAUCUAAUCAUGUCUUGAAGAAGUGUUUCAAGAAGCUGGAAGAAUUUAAGAAAAACCUAAUUCAGAUUAUUUUAAGAAACAGCAGUGUCAAUAGGUUUCAGGCACUGCAUGCUGUAUCAAAUACGCUGGUUUUGCUAGGGAGGAACAACAUACUAAGAAAUUCUUUAGUAUCUCUUCUACUAUCAGAAGUCCGUCAGUUUGCUGAGCAGCUGUUGCAAGCUCACCAGAUGCAGGCCAUGUAUGACAUUACCCAGUACGAGAAUAUUUUUCCUUUGUGCACGAUUCUGGAACAACUUCUUCAAAAUGAGACAGAAGAAGGUAACGUUUCAAGCUCAGACUAUGAUGGAGAAGAAAAAAUCGAAUUUCUGAAGAACCUUGAUCAAAUUAUUCUUCAUCUCUCAGAUGAAUUCCCUUUGUUUUCUUUAUAUUUAUGGAGAGUGAGUGUUCUUUUGAACUCAGCUCAAAUACAAAUUGAUUAAAACAAGUAGCCUACUUUUUAACAGUGCAUUUGUUGUGGGAUUGCAUUGGAAAAUUUUUGAGCCAGACAGGAAAAUUGUCAUUAUUGGAAAACAUUUACUUUAAACUACUAUCCUAUACAGCAGUUUCAGAGCUAAUGCAGUUUAUUUCCAAUUUUAAAUAUAGGAAAAAAUGUUAUAAUCCAGGUGCUGGUUUUGAAUAAAUGCUGUUUCUCAUAAUGGAAAACAAUAUGUUGGUGUUUGUGUACACAACAAAGUAAGUUGUUUCAGGUGAUGUUUAAACCAAGCACUAUGAAUUUUAAAGUCUAGGCAUAAAGUGUGUGUAGAGCUUUCAAGUCAGGAAGCUAAUGCCUGUCUUUUAAGAGUUGAAUAGCUUCUGUGUACUUCAGAGACAAUCGCUGGUUGGCAGAAAUAAAAAAGUUUCUUUUUAAACUUUGUAACUUAUCACUACAAAUUCUUAUAGGACAGGCUUUGUUUCUGAUUUAAUCAAAAGAGUCAUCACCUGAGCAAAAUAAAAUCUGGCGCUAAGUUUUACAACUUUCUUACAUUCAUUGUAUACUGCUUGUCUUUACUUGUGUAUGCACAAGUGUAGGCACGGUAGGCCUAAUUCACUCCAAGUUGACUAAUGAUUUCAAAGAUUUAGGCUGAAUAAAUUAACUCCUUUAAUGAUUACUUUAAAUC